AUGUUUUCCAGAUCACUUAGAACCAGCGGAAGAAUAACAUUUAAGAGAUUGCAACAUACUGCACAAGCAGCUAAAGAAUCCACUUUUAAUAAUAAAUAUAAUUUCAACUUGAACCCACCACCAGUACAUGAAUAUUGGAAUAUCUAUAACUCUUCCCUUCUUUUCAUGCUUGUUCCUUUAAUUGCUGGUGUCGGAUAUUUUGGUAAAUGGAUGGGUUCUGGGCUUGAUGGUUUUGCUGCAUUAUUGCUGGUUGCUAAUAGUGAAAAUUCUCCAAUGAAAGAACUUCAUUAUGGUCAAUCUCAAGCUUCAUCCAGAAAUCAACAAUAA